AUGCCUCCUCUUUCCUUGGUUUCACUGCUGCAUGCUCCUCAAAAUCCUCAGUCUCUAUCACUCACUUCAACAACAACAUCGUCAUCAACAUCAACAACAACAUCGUCAUCGCCAUCGACGAAAAGAAGGCUGCAUCGAUCCUUCAGCGAAGGCAGCAGUGAAAGCAGUAGUGCUGAAUUUAUGAAGGAAGGACAAAGACCAUUACCAUUCCUUCUCAACAACAACAGCAGCAACAACAACAGCAACAGCAACAACAACAACAACAAGGGGCUACCAUCCUUUGCGGAACUCAUUUCCACAACAGCAGCUGGAAGCAAUGUGCAAGAACAACCAGAACCGCAAGAAGAAGAAGAAGUGAAACACGUUUCCUUCAAUCCCAAAGUAUUGGUAAUUCAACCAGUCUUUCUCGAGGAUAGCAAGAGCAACAACAGUAAGAAUACUACGAAGCCAACCACCAAUUCCAAAACAUCCAAACAAUCCAGGCUGCUCUUUGCCAAAUCGGAUUGCUGGUACACGGAACCCGACAUUGAUGAAUUUCAAAAGGCAUCCUUCCUGACCAUCAAACGAUUUCAACGGAAUUGGCAUCUCACCAACGACGAUUGUUUGCGGGGAUUGGAAAGUCAGACCACCAAAUGCACGGCCACCAAGGUCCGGAUCAAGGUCUACAACGACCUGGUGCUCAACAAACAGGAUACUGUCAGCAAACGCAUGAUUGCCAAAAGUCCCAUGAAACAACGACAAAUGAUUGGUGUCAUUUUGAAGGCAUCGGCACAAGAUGCGUAUGAAUUGGCACAAAUGGAUGCCAUGGAUGCUCAACUGUAUCAACAAGAAAAAUGUUGUGAUACUAUUACUACUACUACUACCAAUGAUGAUGAACAGAACAAGGAACAAGAUGGAUUCAAAUGCUUCUUGUUUUGGGAUCUACCAAAGUGGUUGAGUCCCAAGAACAACCACAAAUUCAUUGACACAAACACUGCAGAGGACAAGAAUGAUGUUCCAGCAGCACCUGCCAUUGUGGAUCUUCCAAUAUAA